AGUGGCAAGUCGAGCAUGGCGGCGUGUACCCUUGUUGGCCUUGCAGCGUCCAGUGGGGUACCCUUAUUUGUGAGGCACGCUGGCCCUGGAAAGCCGCCAGCCUAUGCACUUAUUGGAUCCUUGAAUGGUGUUCAUGUGUUUGGUGAAUCACAUGGAGUCACUCUUUGCUCCACGAGAACAAAAAAUUCAAGCUUCACCUGGAGAACUUACCAUGACAGCAUUCGUUUGGUUUUGAUACGAGGAAGCGAAGUUGUUGCAGACAGCUGUGACAGUCGACUCUUGGACCUCAUGUUUGCCUCCCUUGUCCUGCUACUUGGCCUGGACAACCUCACCUCAGGGACCAAUAUUGAAAGACUCAAAAGAGAUAUUAGGCCUAGUUACCUGCUGCUGGAUGAAUUGCUGUCACGAGCAGUAAAUUCCAGUGACAACCUUGGCUUUUCUCACCUCACAGGCUGUGCAGAGUGUGUCAUACCUCCAGAUCAACACAUCCUGCAGAGUGAGCUUGAGAAAUAUGCUGAGGGUGUGGAGUCAUCCUGUGCCUGUGUGAUGAUGAAUGGCCAAGUGGUGUCUGGUACUCGCAGCUUCUGGUCGUUGUCCCACACAGAGCUGGUUCUUCUCCCUCUGCUAGUUGCUACCAAUACUUUUAGUGCGGCAAGAGAUUUACCUAUAUAUCUGCCAGACAAAAGCCCAAAUGUACCAUUUAGGAUGCUGGUAGUAAAGUUAACUGGACAUGUAUACGCAAUCACGUUAUGUGGCCCCACGCCAACACUCACUGAAAUUAUACGGUCAGCGUCGUCCUCCUGGGCACCGGUGUAUCAGGUCCUGGAGUCCAUAACAACACUGCUGCCUUGGAAUAUUGCACCAGGCCUGCUUUCACAGAUUGAUCAUUCAGUAAUAGGUCUGCUUCUAGUGAAUUAUGAUCACAAAAAGUGUGUAAGUUGUGUUCAUCUCAGUGAAGAAUCAAGAUCUCCGUCAUUAAAUACUGCAAAGAAAUCAGCAGCUUUACAGGCAGUGUAUCGGAGUGUUAUUGGGCCGCUGCUGCAGCCGCCUGCCGUGCCUCCUGAUGACUUUCCUUCAAGGUUACAUCCAGACCACGUGCCACUGGAGUCGUAUGUGUCCACCGACAGCUACAAAGUGUAUGUGAUGCAGUCAUCUCCUUAUCACUUGUUAAUUUUGUAUCCUCCUGCACUUCCUAUACAAAUAGCAAGAAAAGUUACCUUGCGAACACUUAAUGUGUUCACCAAAGGUAAGGUUCCCAAGCUCUAAGCUCAGGAGAAAUGGAAUGUCUUAUCAAAGUACAAAUUGUUGAUCUUAUUUUUCCAUGACUAACAAAUUGUUAAUUUAUUAAAGAUUUUUAUUAUAUAUAUAGAAUUAGAUUUGUAUGAAUAGUAGAUAAAAGUUAUUUAGUAAAAACUUAACAAGCAAUAUAUUUGCAUAAGUUUUAUUUUCAUAUAUUGUAUAGACAGUAUGGAUUUAGUUUUAUAGAUAUAUCAAAAGCUUUGGAUAGAAUGUCACGCCUUUUUAAAUAAAUUUCAUGCUCUCUGCAUCCACAUCA